AUGGAGAGUGAUGCUGCUCGUGUCUUUCAUUUAUGUUCCACAGCACCGCCAGAGAACAGCUGUCCAAGCUCUGAGUGGAGUGUCAUGUGUCGGCCAUGUUGUGAGUACCACCUGAUCCGGUGUCAGUGUCCGUCUCAGGGGUCACAGGUGGGCUACACUGUCCCGUGUUGCCGAAAUGCUCUGAAUCAGUGUGACCCCUGUAUCUUUCAUCCAGGUUGCAGUCUCUUUGAGAACUGUAAAACCUGCAACAAUGGAACAUGGAAAGCCAAUGAUGACUUUUUUGUCAAAGGAAAAUAUUGCACAGAGUGCAGGCGGGGCUGGAGCGGUGGUGACUGCAAAUUGUGUGGAGGUGUCAUGCAGCGUUCCCAGGGUCACAUCACCCUGCAAAGUUACCCAACAAAUGCCCGCUGUGAAUGGAAAGUGCGAGUGUCAAGGGGUCACAGGGUGGAGUUACGGUUUUCACUGCUCAGUGUGGAGUCUGACCAUAACUGUCAUUACGACUAUGUCGAGGUGCGUGACGGUGAAGAGCUGAGCUCGCCUGUGAUUGGCCGGUUUUGUGGGGAUAGCCUGCCUCCUCCAUUAAAGAGUUCCGGGAAUGUGGUGCACAUCCUGUUCGUAUCUGAUGGCUACAACAACUUUGAUGGCUUUGUUCUUACUUUUCAGGAGAUUUCGGCCAUUAGGAGUCCAGUUUGUUUGCCUCUGGAGGACCUGGUGAACGGAUAUUUCCUCCCAAUAUAUGGACAGCGGGAGGAACUAGUAUCUGUGAAAUAUUUCUGUCAUCCACCUUUCCAACUGGUCGGCUCCAAGCAUAGGAUCUGUCUCCCUAACACCACGUGGAGCGGCAUGGUUCCCAAAUGUGUUCCAGUCCCAUGUGCUCCUCCACCCAAAGUAAUGAAUGGGUACCACAGUUCUGCUCCAGGGGCAGCAGGAGAUCAACAGCCUGUUCAGUUUUUCUGUAACAAGCCCUACAUUCUGAGUGGAAACCACCAGAGUACCUGCCUCUCUAAUGGUUCUUGGAGUAGCAGACCUCCCAAGUGUGUGAGAGCCUGCCGAGAGCCCAGAGUGUCUGCACUCGUGCAGCAGGAGGUUGUGAAGCCACAAUUUAUAACAAGAGAGAGACCACACCAAAGGCUCCACUUCUCAUCGCGGUAUAACAUUGAUGACUUGUUGGCAGUGAGAUUUAUUCCACUUAAAUGGGACAGUCAGUCAGAAAGAGAGAACUAUGCCUCUGAGGAGCUUCCUCGUAGGUUUCACCCUGUCUACACUAGCAUUGAGUAUCGGUGUGCCUCGCUGCUCUACCGCCUCACAGGCAGCUCCCAACGCACCUGUCUGAAGACUGGCAGAUGGAGCGGGCGCCAUGUUUCCUGCUCACCAGUGUGCGGCAAAUUUGACACUUUCAGUGCAAGAAAUCUCACAGACAUUCAGUGGCCGUGGCACGUGGCCAUUUACAUCACCCAGGCAAUGACCCCAUUGACCUUUCCCAGCCAUCAGGGGGCAUCAGGAGAGACAGCAUCCUGGAGCCUGGUCUGCAGCGGGGCCCUGCUGACCCAACACAGCGUCUUGGCUACAGGUCACUGUGUGCUGGACAGAAACAGGCAGCGAGUCCUGAACCCUGCACAAAUCAAGGUCGCCAUCAGCUUCAAGUCCCCAACAAGAAACCUUCGCUACUUCACGGUUUCACAAAUUUCUUUGCAUCCGGACAGCAGUGUGGCCGUGCUCAAGCUGCACGACAAAGUCAAGAUCAGCGAGCGCGUGCUGCCAGUGUGUCUACCCAGAAUGCACGGUGGAGAGGAGACUGCGCACGAGGCCUAUACCAUGAGAUGGGCCUCAGUGUUUGAGCGCCAUGCUCCAUGGAGCCACUCUGAGCGCGUUGAGCUGGCUGAUGUUGGAAAGUGUAAAGGAGAAUUUGCUGGAGUCCACAGAGGAGAGAUCAUUGACCACAUGCUGUGCGUCAAACCUUCCAGUCCUCAUUUCCCUUGUCUCAAAGUUAUUCCGGGUAUCACAAGUGCACCAGCUGUCCUUUCAUCCACUCGUGGUGUUCCGUUGGAGGAUGAGGAUGUUCGGGGAGCCUCCAGCAUCGUCUGGCAGCUGCUGGCGUUGGAGACUUUCUUCUAUGAGGAAAGCAGCUGCCUCCAGGAGAGCAUGUUCAAAGUUCAGACACGGAUAGCCAACGUUCAAGGAUGGAUAGAGGAAAACAUGAAGUAAAGUGUUUUGUCUGAUGCGAGCAUUCGAUGAUUCCAUACCCACUAAUCCUGUUGAUACUCACCGAGGUGCAAACAGCUGGACUGGUGCACCACUUACAUCAAUGUGUCGUAUUGUUCUAAUAUGUAUUUCUGCUUUUUCUCACAUCAUAUUAUCAAGAUGGCAGCACUUGUCAAAGCUUUUGGCAUUUUGUUUGAUUUAAUGUGGAUGGCAAAUGAUGUCAAGACUGUAGAAACCAGUUUCUACGUUCACAUGUCUUCUUAAAGCAUUGGGCCUCAUUCAAGAACAGACUGGUUUGUACGUAAAUGGUGAUGUAAAGCUACAGUGUGUAGGGUUUAAAGCUGUUAAUUAGCAGAAAUGGGUCAUAGUAAGCAUAAUCAUGUUUAUUUGUGUAUAAUUACCAAGCCCCAACCACCAACCAUCAAAAAUAAGGCCCACUCAAGCGAAGAAAAUUUGCAGUUUCUUGAAGCUGGCUCCCAAAGUGACCAGAUUCCCACAGAACCCCAUGUUAAAAUGUCCAACUUUAGGGGAGAAGUAAACAUGCUCCCUGCUCCCUUGUUCUGCACUCGGGGUCACCACAGCAAAUCCAAGGUGGAUCUGCAUGUUGAAUUGGCACAAGUUUUACGGCAGAUGCCCUUCCUGGUUGCUUUGUCACACUCAUC